UGUACAGUUCAGUGGGUCCAUUAAUUGAACACAAGUAUGCGAACAGCUUAGUCACUUUUUAAAGGAAGUAAGACAGAGCACAUUGAUUACAAAUCAUUUUGUUUUUAUAGGACUCUCUUACAUAUACGUAUCUGAUUUCUAACACUAAGGAUCCGUUUCAUGUCUGUCUAUAUUAAAUUCAUUAUGUUCUUGACAUGCCACAAUUAUUAAUGCAGUAAUAGCUUUGUUGACUGUCAACAGGUACAAGCCAUCUCAUCAGUAGUUUCCACUGCCAUUCUCUCAGGCAGAGCUACACAAAUGAAAGUGAAGAGUGAAUUACUUCAAAAUGAUAUAUUACUGCUUCCUUACCACACACCAGGUCGUUGGGUUCUUGCGAUAGCCUUGAUGAAAAAAAAGGAAUUGUUAAUAAUUGACCCCUUGUGUGAUGAGAUCAGAUAUGAAAGAACAUGCCUGAGGAAUUGGAGAAACUUCAUCAAACGAUUAACUAGUAAAUCCUCAUCUGAUUGGAACAGUAAAAUUGUGCAGCAUCCAAGACAAAGUGAUGGCCACAACUGUGGACCACUCAUCUUAAAGUUUGCAGAAACAUAUUUGCAGCACAAAGACAUCAGUACGGUGGAAACAACACAGAAGGCUAAUACUGCGUUUAGAAGACAUAUAGCAAUUCUUCUAAUGAAGGAGUCAGCGUGGAGGACUACUGCAUAUACUGCAACCUUAUCGACUGUGAAAAAGAAAGUGAGGAUUGCACGAUGGUCCAGUGUGAUUCUUGCAAGAGGUGGGCACAUAUACCAUGCAUUACAGAAGGAACCAAUCAAGAAAACCAGACAUAUGAGAAGAAAGAGUACAACUGCAAGACAUGUGCAUAGUUCACUUCAUUACCAAAAAAAAAAAAAAGGCAAGAAAGAAAACCUAUUGUUUAACUGCCUCUUGUUCAAAACAUAAUGCAACCCAAAGAAAUAUAUUUCUACGUAUA